UGUACUAACAACACCAGGCUAGGUCAAUCAAUAUCGGUGAUGGCAAGCAGGGUCUACGCUCAUUACCACCACGGAGAUGCCUGCAGCAAAGCUCGCUGGAACACCAGAGAGACAUUCCGGUUUAUGUAUGAUAGGCCAUGGCAACAUGUUCUUGAUUUCUACUCAAAUGCAGUGGCGGGAAAGCUUUCAGUCCUGAACUUGUUUGAGCCCAAAAAGAUUUUGGCUCAUGAUGAUGAGGAAAGAGAAGGGAUGCCUCUUCGAACUGAGUUGGAGACUUGCGGUAGAAAAGAUGGGAGGACGGGGAGGUGGGAAAGAGUAAACUUCAAGAUACUUGUUUCAUACAAUGGAGCUUCCUUUGAUGGAUGGCAGAAACAGCCUGACUUGCACACUGUUCAGAGUGUAGUAGAGAAGUCUCUGGGGGCAUUUGUGGAUGAAAAGAAAGCCCAACUUCUGAAGAAAAAAUGUAAACCAUUAGAAGGACGUGUCCUUGUCGCGGGAAGAACCGACAAAGGAGUGUCUGCUCUUAAUCAAGUUUGUUCUUUCUAUACCUGGAGAAAAGACAUUGAACCUAUUGAUAUAAAAGAUGCUAUCAAUAAAGAUGCUUCCGGGAAACUUAGGGUUGUGUCAGUCUCUAAGGUUUCCCGAGAAUUUCAUCCGAAUUUUUCUGCAAAAUGGAGGCGCUAUUUGUAUAUAUUUCCCUUGGAUCAUGCGUGCGGGAGUGGCCAAGAUCGUGAGAACUUAAUCUUUUUUGAUGAGAACCAUGGAAAGCAAAGAAAUGGGCUCUUAAGUGAAGAGAAUACUGAAGGAGUAGGCGAGGAGGACGAUGAGCUUGAAACAGAAGAGGUGAAUGGAGGAAAACCAAGUGACUUUAGUGUAAGCAAGGUUGAUCAACUUUUACAGCAGCUUCAAGGAAAACUAUUAUCCUACAAGAUGUUUGCUCGUGAUCUAAAAGCUGCAAGAAACGAAGGUCCACCUACAGAAUGCUUCAUGUACCAUGCACGGGCAGCCGAGAUUAGAUUGUCCUCUCCUGAGUAUGUGGAAGGAAGAAGAGUGAUGUGCGUUGAGCUUGUCGCUAACCGAUUUCUCCGGAAGAUGGUUCGAGUUCUUGUAGCAACAUCAAUCCGAGAAGCUGCUGCUGGCGCGGAAAAUGAUGCAUUGUUAAAACUUGUAGAAGCUUCAUGCAGACGAGCCACAGCUCCUCCGGCUCCAUCUGAAGGUCUCUGUCUCUUCGAUGUUGGUUAUGUUGACUUUGACCCUCAUUCUUCUCUCAUUUCUUGAGAAUGGCUUUAAUACAUUUUAAGUUGUAUUGAUAUCUCUCAUGGGUUAUUGGUUGCGAAUUUAGUUUAUUUUCCCUAAGUUCUGGACAAUGAGUAUGAAUGUUUACAAUGCCAAUGUCCAUAUAUGAUGAAUAUGUGAAGAAAUCAUAUCAUGAUCAAGUGUAAUAUUCAUACAUUUUUGUUGCAGAUACAUUAUGCGCUAUAGUAAGACAGAUCCAGCUUUCA